AUGGGUUCUAUCGCUCCGUAUGCCGAGCUGGAUGGCUCCAAGUUCAAUGUCACUCUCUCAACCAACCUGCGCGAUGUGCCUUUGCCAGGAUCCCCAGAGGAGCUGAGCCACUCCUACUGCACUGAUCACAUGGUGACCGUGAAAUGGACUGUAGCCAAGGGCUGGGAGACCCCCGAGGUCAAGCCCUACCAGAACCUCAGCAUUCCUCCCACAGCCUCGGUCCUGCACUAUGCAACCGAAUGUUUCGAGGGCAUGAAGGUAUACCGCGGGUACGACGGCAAGCUGCGCCUGUUCCGCCCCGAUUGCAACGGCGAGCGUUUGAACUCCAGUUCCCAGCGGUCCUCACUGCCCGGAUUUAAGUUCGACGAGGUGAAGAAGCUGGUCGCCAAGUUGCUGCAGAUCGACGGUCCUCGCUGGCUCCCCAACCCCGGUUCUUUCCUCUACAUCCGUCCCACAGUGAUCGGCAAUGGUCCCCACCUGGGUGUCCAAGUGCCCAAGGAAGCCCUCCUCUUCAUUAUUGCCGUUCCCUGGCCCGACUUCACCAAGAUGAAGACGGACCCCGAAGCCGAGCCCCGCAAGGGCCUCAGACUGUACGCCUCUGCCCCAGAUACCAUCCGCGCCUGGCCCGGCGGCUUCGGUUAUGCCAAGCUCGGGGCGAACUACGGCCCUUCCCUGCAGGCUCAUGGCAAGGCGCAGGCUCUGGGCUUCGAUCAGAUCUUGUGGUUGUUCGGACCGGACCGUCAGGUCACUGAGGCCGGUGCCAGCAACUUCUUCAUUGUCUGGCACAACACCGAAGGCAAGCUGGAGCUUGUCACGGCUCCGCUUGACAAUCAGCUGAUUCUGCCCGGUGUUACCCGUCGCAGUGUUCUGGAGCUCGUGCGCGAGCGUUUGUCGCAGAACGGUGUUGGCGAGCUUGCGCCGCUUGACGUUGUGGAGCGCACAUUGACUAUUGAUGAUAUUGAGAAGGCGUCCAGGGAGGGCCGGAUUGUUGAGUCGUUUGUUUCGGGCACUGCUUACUUCAUUACCCCUGUUGCCAUGAUCCGCAACGAAGACACCGAUAUCAGCACCUUGGGUGUGAACGGCGAGCCUGCUGGAUAUGCCGCGCAGAUCAAGUCGUGGCUCGAGGCCAUCAUGUUUGGCAAAGUUGAGCACGAGUGGGCUUACACCAUCGAGAACGAGGGACAAUAG